UACGGACGAGACAAAUAUUCUCACCACCUCUCAGCUUUGGAUCUUGUUCAUCAUCUUGAAACAGGAAGAACCAAGUCACAUUAUCGAAGCCACGCGAACUGGACGGCUCAACUCCCCCGUCUAAAAAUCACCAUGGACGAAAAAGGCUCCCAACACCCGAGAGAUGCAGGCCUUGCACCGACUACUCCGCCGAAGGAGGCCGUCAUCGUCCAGGAUCUCGAAGGUCCCGACUCUCAAGCCAACUCUCAGAAAGACUCGAGCCCCGGAGACUUGGAGCAGCAGGCCACCGAACCCGAUCCCAAUGUCAACAUUCUCGAUAGCAAAACAAAUGCUUUCAAGGCCCUGGGAUGGCUGGACCGGCUCCUCGCUCUCUGGAUUCUCCUCGCCAUGGCCAUCGGGAUCAUCCUCGGCAACUUCGUCCCGAACAUCGGGCCUGCCCUGCAGCAGGGCAAGUUCGUCGACGUUUCAAUUCCAAUCGCCGUCGGUUUACUCGUCAUGAUGUACCCCAUUCUCUGCAAAGUGCACUACGAAACCCUGCACAAGUUAUUCCGGCAUCGCGAGAUCUGGAGACAGAUGCUCUUCAGCGUAGUCAUCAAUUGGAUCGUCGCUCCCUUCUUCAUGCUUGGCCUAGCCUGGGCGUUUCUCCCGGACGAAGAGGGACUACGCGAAGGCCUUAUUCUCGUGGGUCUGGCGAGAUGCAUUGCCAUGGUCCUGAUAUGGAACAACCUCGCCGGCGGCGACGCCGAAUACUGCGCCAUCCUCGUGGCCAUCAACUCCCUCCUGCAGAUGGUCCUCUACGCCCCCAUGGCCGUCUUCUUCCUCAACAUCAUCAGCCACUCCUCGACCACCACCACGGUGUCCUACGCCAUCGUCGCCACCAGCGUCGCCGUCUUCCUGGGCAUCCCCCUCGCCGCCGCCAUCCUCACCCGCUUCCUGGUCCGACGCCUCGCAGGGCCCGAGUGGUACGACAAGGUCUUCAUCCGCUACCUCUCGCCCUGGUCCCUGAUCGGCCUGCUCUACACCAUCCUGGUUCUGUUCGCCUCGCAGGGGCGCCAGGUCGUUCAGCAGAUCGUCUCCGUCGUCCGCGUCUCCGCGCCGUUGAUCGUCUACUUCACCCUCAUCUUUUUCGUUACGCUCUUCAUUGCGCGGCGCUUCGGGUUCGCCUAUUCGCUUUGUGCGACUCAGAGCUUCACGGCCGCGAGCAACAACUUUGAGCUCGCCAUCGCCGUGGCGGUCGCCAUCUACGGAGCGGACAGCCAGCAGGCUCUUGCUUCGACGGUGGGGCCCCUGAUUGAGGUGCCCGUCUUGAUCGGCCUCGUAUAUGUCCUUCGUUGGGUUGCGACGCGGUGGCAAUUUAAGCUGUGAGCGUUGAAUUUGGUGCUCGGCUCGUUAUGGCGUCAUGGCAGACGGCGUCUGGCAUGACGGAUCGUGGUGCUUGUCCCACAUGGAAACUAAAAUGGAAAAGCUGCCUGGAGGCGCGCUAUGCGUCACGUUAUGGAAGAAUCCAGCAUAUACCCCGUCUUCUGUGGUUUUGUGGUCUUAGAAGGGCUUGAAAAUACUGUACUUGUUCGUCUCUCUCUCCCGC